AUGGCAUCCGGACGGCUGGACGGCAAAGUCGCCAUCGUUACCGGCGGCGCUUCGGGCUUUGGCAAGGGCAUCGUGGAAAAGUUUACCAAGGAGGGCAGCAAAGUCAUCAUUGCGGAUCUCUCCGAGGACAUUGGUAGCGCCGUCGCCGCCGAGUUCGACUGCACCUUUGCCAGGACGGACGUGACACAGCGACCCGACUGGGAAAAGCUGCUUGCCACGGCCCUCGCCACCUACGGCCGCCUCGACAUCAUCGUCAACAAUGCCGGCGCGACAUACUCCAACAAGCCCGCUGAGCAAGUCACGGAUGCGGAUUUUGACCUUGUCAUGAAUGUCAACGUAAAGUCCAUCUACCUGUCGUCGUCCGUCAUCGUGCCGUACUUUUUACGAGAGAACCGACCCGGCUGCUUCAUCCAGGUUGCGUCCACUGCAGGAAUCAGGCCACGACCGGGACUGACGUGGUACAACGCCUCCAAAGGCGCCGCCAUCACGGCCACGAAAUCACUGGCUGUGGAAUACGGCCCAAAGCAGAUCCGGUUCAAUGCAGUCUCCCCCGUCGUCGGACUCACAGCCAUGACGCAUUUGUUUUUGGGAAAACCGAAUACGCCGGAGAAUCGCGCUGCGUUUGUGUCUACGAUUCCUCUGGGAAGGCCGUCCAUGCCCGCCGACGUUGCCAAUGCGUGUUGCUUCUUGGCGAGUGAUGAGGCCGAGUUUUUGACUGGUACCAAUAUUGAGGUAGAUGGAGGUCGUUGUGUCUAA